CGUCACGUUUUUUUCUUUUUUCUUUUUUUUCUCUCGUGGCCAUUACGGAGAACAUACAUUUUUUUUCAUGUGUGCACUGGGGCAGGUUUCGACAUUUUAAUGGGAGGCGGCGGCUCGCUUUGGACGAGUGGACUUUAUUGCGGGCGCCAGUUGCGAAGAAGAAAGCGGGGGUCCUGGCUCCUCCUCCUACUACUACUACCUCUCGGGCUCACCAGAUGGAGUCUCUGGCCGGCUACGUGUACAAGGCGGCCAGCGAAGGUCGAGUCUUGACGCUGGCCGCGCUGCUCCACAACCACCCAGAGGCGGAGGUCCGGUACAUGCUGAGCCACGUGACCCACGUGGCCGGCCAGAGGUCCACGCCUCUGAUCAUCGCGGCCCGGAACGGACACGACAAAGUGGUCCGGCUGCUCGUGGACCACUACAAGGUGGACACGGAACAGACCGGCACGGUGCGGUUCGACGGCUACGUCAUCGACGGGGCCACGGCGCUGUGGUGCGCGGCAGGUGCCGGUCACUUCGAGGUGGUGCGCCUGCUGCUGAGUCACCGCGCCAACGUCAACCACACCACCAUCACCAACUCCACCCCGCUGCGGGCCGCCUGCUUCGACGGGCGUCUGGACAUCGUCCACUACCUGGUGGAGCACAACGCCGACAUCCGCAUCACCAACAAGUACAACAACACCUGCCUGAUGAUCGCCGCCUACAAGGGCCACGCCGACGUGGUCCAGUUCCUGCUGGAGCAAGGGGCCGACCCCAACUCCAAGGCCCACUGCGGGGCCACCGCGCUGCACUUCGCCGCCGAGGCGGGCCACCUGGAAAUCGUGAAGGAGCUGGUGCGAUGCCGGGCGGGCAUGGUGGUGAACGGACACGGCAUGACGCCGCUGAAGGUGGCGGCGGAGAGCUGCAAAGCGGACGUGGUGGAGCUGCUGCUGGCGCACGCCGACUGCGACCCGCGCAGCCGCAUCGAGGCCCUGGAGCUGCUGGGUGCCUCGUUCGCCAACGACCGGGAGAACUACGACAUCCAGAGGACGUACCACUACCUCCACAUGGCCAUGACGGAGCGCCACCGCGACCCGGAACGCGUCGUCGCCAAGGAGCUGCUGCCGGCCAUCGAGGCCUACGGCGGGCGCAGCGAGUGCCGGACUCCUCAAGAGCUGGAGGCCAUCCGGGUGGACCGGGACGCCCUGCACAUGGAGGGCCUGAUGAUCCGGGAGCGGGUCCUGGGCUCGGACAACAUCGACGUGUCGCACCCCAUCAUCUACCGCGGCGCCGUCUACGCCGACAACAUGGAGUUUGAGCAGUGCAUCAAGCUGUGGCUUCACGCGCUGCGCCUGCGGCAGAAGGGCAACCGCAACACGCACAAGGACCUGCUGCGCUUCGCCCAGGUGUUCUCCCAGAUGGUGCACCUGAAGGAGCCGGUGCUGGCCUCGGCGGUGGAGCAGGUGCUGAGCUGCAGCGUGCUGGAGAUCCAGCGCAGCAUGGCACGCGUGGACACGGCGGUCGAGUCGGAGCUGCCGCAGGCCCUGGACAACUACGAGUCUAACGUGUUCACCUUCCUGUACCUGACCUGCAUCUCCACCAAGACCACCUGCGGCAACGAGGGGCGUGCCCGCAUCAACAAGCACAUCUACGACCUGAUCCAGCUGGACCCACGGUCCCGCGAGGGUUCCUCCCUGCUCCACCUGGCCAUCAGCUCCAGCACGCCGGUGGACGACUUCCACACCAACGACGUGUGCAGCUUCCCCAGCGCCCAGGUCACCAAGCUGCUGCUGGACUGCGGCGCGCAGGUCAACGCCGUGGACCACGAGGGCAACACGCCGCUGCACGUCAUCGUCCAGUACAACCGGCCCAUCAGCGACUUCCUCACGCUGCACGCCAUCAUCAUCAACCUGGUGGAGGCCGGCGCCCACACGGACAUGACCAACAAGCAGAAGAAGACGCCGCUGGACAAGAGCACCACGGGCGUGUCGGAGAUCCUGCUGAAGACGCAGAUGAAGAUGAGCCUCAAGUGCCUGGCGGCGCGCGCUGUCCGCCAGCACCAGAUCACGUACCGCAACCAGAUCCCCAAAACGCUGGAGGAGUUUGUGGAGUUCCACUGAAAGACGGAUACUUUUAGAAAAAUAUUUUUUUUAUCAUUUUCUAACAAAUCCAAACGGUGCUUAGGAUGACGGUUCAGCUCCGGAAGUUCUUUGAGCAGUUUUAUAAAACAGUGGGUUUCUUUUGUUUCUAUUUUAAGUAUUAAUUGCUAAGAAGCAGCAACCGCAGACGUCUGCCCGUCUGUCUCUCUGUCUGUCUGUCUGUCCAUCUGUCUCACAGCAAAGGAAACUGGUAAAGAGACGGCGGCGGCGCUGCUUCCUGUUUUGCCUUAUCUCCGUGACGAUGGAGCCGCCAUCUUACUGUGAUGCUGAGUGAAUGAGAGACGAACGAUGACCUCACACAUUCUUUUAUUGUGAAAGGAUGGUUUCACUGGAACCAGCACGGCUCUGAGUUCUUCUACUUUAUAUUAAAUGGUUUGCUGGUAACAAUUAUUUCUGAAAGUCGUUUUUCUCUAAAAUUCACUAAAUGGCCCAAAAUAUGCCGACAAGCUCGUCCUGGUAUGUCCGUGUCCUUGAGGACAUCUUGAGGACGUUAUCUCUCGUUUUAAAGGCUCCAAACUAUUUAGUAUUUCACAAGAAAAGAGAAAUAAUAAUAAUUAUUAUUCAGCUUUAUUGCAACAGUUUUGGGCUUCGUCUCUUUUUAAAAAAGAAAAACUAAAUUCUUCGGGUGUCCGCAUACUUUUGGCCGCGUAGUGUUUGAACCUUAAAAACAAACCAAAUAUUCAGUGAUUGAUUGCUGCAUGAGCUUUUAUUUUCAAAACCUGUAUCCGAGGACAGGAGCACAGAACUAUGAAUGUUGAAAUCUUUUUAUUGAAUAAUCAGUUUUAAUAAUCGCUGAAGUCGAGGACGACGUCGGCCGAUCUCGUUUUGGUCGUUUAAAGAAAACCAUGAAGAGAUUUUAAAGUCUUUGUGACUUUCUGUUAUUUCUGGAUGAAUCGUUUUUUUAAAGCAUAAAGAACGAGUUAUUUUAAAUGAUUGGGCUUCUGUGACUUCACAUUAUUCUACUUAACUCUUAUUUAUUGGCUGCGAGUGACCUCACGUCCCUGAUGAUGAGUUCUGCUGUUUUAUUGUGAAGGAGUAGUUGUGGUUCUGCUGGUCUGGACAUGUUGGACCUGGGAAGACUUCUGCUGUUUGUGCCUCGUGGAUUGCCAGAUUUAACC